AUGUCAGAUAUUAAUAUGACGAAAGAAGAAUUAGUUCGUCAGCUUACUGAAAUUCGUGCUACAUUAGCUGAAGAAAUGAAAAAGAAUCAAGAACCAAAAUCAGAAGAAUUAGAUAAAUUAAAAGAUCAAAAUGCUCGUUUAGAGUAUAGAAUAAAACAUUUAUUGAGGGCAUUAGAAGAACAGGAUAAAGAAAUUGAAGAACUCAAGAAACAAAUUAAGAAUUGA